GGCACGGGUAGAAUUAGCACGUACAUCUCUGCACGUCGAGCAGCAUGCGGUUUCUGGACGACUCGGUCUGGCUGUGUAUGCUGGGCUUGGUCGUGAUGGCAGUGACUUUGGAGGUGCCCGACUCUCCGUGCCCAGAUGCCUUCCGUUAUGAGCAGGGUGUAGCUGGCUACUGGACAGCACUAUUACAGUUGCCAGCCCCCGAUAAGCCGCCCGUGAAGGUUGUCGCUGAGCUCUACCUCAAGGCAGAACUGCCCACUAAGUACCAUGGGAGCCUGCUGCUUGACCUGGGAAAGGAAGAGGUGCUGCGCCAGAUGCAGAUGGGUGUGCUCCGGGAGAUUGGCUACACAUUGUUAUUUCCAGUGCGCAGCCCACUACCAGAGGUUAAACGCAUAACUGUCAACGAUGUUACUGUCUGUCAGGGACCACCUGUUACGGCAAACACUGUGACCACCAUAAGGGUGGAGCACACUCUAUCUGCAAAUGUAGAACCCUUAUCACCUGGCAAGGACUCUGGGAACAGGCCAUCUCCAGGAGUGAUGACACAAUCUUCUUUACUCAUCAAAAAUCCACCUGCAGCCUCUACUGUGCCAUCUCGUGACAUAGGAUCAGUGAGUUGUGGAAGGGCCAUAGUUCCUGUUGAACUUGUUCUGCAUGGAGAAUAUACUCCAAGAGGAGAAUGGCCAUGGAUUGCAGCAUUAUUCAGAGUGACGAACAUUGGACAAGACUUUACUUGCAGCGGAAGUCUCCUGAACAGAAGGACAGUCAUCACAGCUGGGCAUUGCAUCAAGUACCGUGAAAAGCCAGCACUCACACCACAGGAUCUUGUUGUCUACCUGGGAAAGUACGAGGUGCGGCGCUUUGCAGAGCGUUACAGCCAGGUUAGAGAGCCAUCAAAAAUAUAUCUCCAUCCAGAGUACAAGAGUAACACCUUAAAUGCUGACAUUGCCAUAAUAAUACUGAGAGAUCCUGUUGAGUACACCCGGUACGUUGUUCCCAUUUGCCUGUGGAAUCGAGAUUCAUCACUAAGCAGUGUAGUUGGUCAAGUUGGAGUGGUUGUUGGAUGGGGCCGGGAUGAACUGGGCAACAGAGUCACUGAUUUACCACGCAAGACAAAUGUUCCUAUUGUGUCCAGAGAAGACUGCAUAAACAGCCGGAAGGAUUUUAUUUUCCUCGCCAAUGAACGGACAUUCUGUGGAGGCUUUCGGAAUGAGACAGGGCCCUGUUCAGGUGACAGUGGAGGUGGUCUCUUCCUUCCCUCUGAUGGAGAAAGUGGAAGACAAUGGUUUCUGCGUGGAAUUGUAAGCCUCUCUCUGCGUGAUCCUGAAACAGGAAGCUGUGACUUGAGGCAGUACAUUGUCUUCACAGAUGUUGCACAGUUUCGGGACUGGAUUUUGAAAAUAAUGCAGAAACAGGUAUACUGACCGUAACAGAAGUGUGAUUUACUUCUUAUGUUCAGGUGAUUCUGAAAACUAAGAGACAAUAGUGACUGUUGAUCAAAACUUCAAUGCACUUACAAUAUUAUGAAGAAGACAAAAACCAUGAUAGUGGUUACAUGCUGUGCUGUGACGUGACAACUGAUAAAAUAUAUUAGUAACUGUGGGUGAUGUGUUUAGUACUGUCUAUGUUGCAGGAAGAAUCUGAUGGCAGUAGCAGUUUCAAAGAAAGUACAUGUGCCAUACAAAGUACAAAAGUUGAUGGAACCUAUGGAUAGUGCUUUACCAUACAUGUUAAUAAACUGAA